AUGCAAUUGAAGAAAUACAUCCCCGACUUCCUCCUGCCCACGGACGAACCUGCGGUCCCAGGCCCCAUCUACGACGUGCCUCUGCGUCGGGAGCUGUUCCACAAGACCCGGCCUGGCAACGAGUAUACUCUGUCCGCAUCCUCGUCCGGCAGCCGCAACAACUCGGUCGUGAGCGAGCGGAGGAAGAGCAGUGUGUCGCCGUCGGCCUCUAGCCCUGAGUCUAAAGAGAGGAGAAUGCCGUGGCAUCCCUUUAUGGCUUUUGGGCACUAG